AUGGUAUUUCAAUCUCACACCAACUAUCUCUCAGCUCAGAUUCAGGUGAAAUUGGAGAAUGAAGGUGUCAAUGACAUGCUUGGUGGACCCAAUACUGGUACGAGCUACUCCUUACCUGGUCAUAUCAUCAUCUCCUUGCCCGCUUUGCCCGCUUCCUUGGAAGGUAGACUAAGAGAGGUCAAAGAUUUGAAAAUUGUCAUGGAGGGCAAAUCAGAAUUCUGGGAUGACCAUGGGCGAUACACACCUAUGAGAUUAUACAGUACCACUCUCACACUGGCUACUCCUUCCAAGCCACUCCUUCUACCUUCGCACGAUCCUAGCAGAGCUUAUGCCCAAAGGAUACAACUCGCUGUCUCCUUCGACAUGAGAUUACCAGGGUGGUUACCUCCUUCCCACGAUUCGGAAAUGACUACCAUCUCCUAUGGCCUCAUCGCUCAUUCGACAAUAGGAUGGACCGAACCAGCUACUACCACUUAUGCUUCACCCAAUGUCUCUUCCUCGUCCUCUUCUUCCUCCCACUCCUCAUCCGAUAGUGAUGUCUUAAUGGAAUGUGUCAUUCCGGUUCGCCCAGUGAUCAUGAUACCGAAAUCAUCCAAACCAUUCGAAUCGAUAUUCGGUAAUCACUCUCUCCUCGCUAAAUCAAUCGAGAAAUCAUCCUCCAAAUGGACCCCUUUCACCAUCCAGAGGCACCGAAUGCCUUCAGCCGUUGUUCCAUACUCUCAAGGAGCGACAGAAAGACAUUUCACCCUCAGACCCGAAUCCGAUAGUACAAGCCCGGUCGAAUGUGUGGUUACAGUACCUGAUUGGGUAGAUGUCAAUGGUAAAGAGAAGAGCUUGAAAGUCAGUUUGAGAGUGAGAGCUAGGAAGCCUGUGGCUGAACCUAUGGAAGUGGACACUCCUGAAGCUUGCUCAAACGGAUCUACUUCUACCUCUACUUCCUCGUCGUCCACAGCAGACGAAGAGGGAUCUUCAUUGGGAGGCGGCUCAAGAGAACUGGAAUCUAUUCCCAUGGAGAGAUCAAGUGGAAAAGGAAAGAGAGCUGAAAGUGAUUUAUCGACAUAUAUCCUUGAACUGGGUAUGGAGGUGGAAGAGGUUGAGAGGUAUUCAUCUACACCUUCCCAGUCGUUCACAUCAUCCUUCCCACUUCCAUCUGAACAACCAACCCGAAACUCCUCAGUAAACCAAUUGAUAUCGCCUCGAAUGGGUUAUGCGGAUGGCACAGGAAGCUUCUUAGGGUACGACGAGCGACCAUUCAAGGGAAUGAGAACGAGACAAUGUCUACUCAGCGAUGAUGGUAAUCAACGAAACUUCUUUUUCGCCGACAAAGGUUUGGGGUUAGGUGAUAAAUGGAGAAAGGUCAAUGUCAUCUUACCUAUGCCAAGUCUGGAAUCUGGAAAAGGGUUAAGUACGAGGCCCCAACCAGAGUUAGAUGGACCUUUCUUAAGGAUCAGACAUGAUUUGAAAAUUAGAGUGGUCUGUAGGUCUCCGGGAAGUGAGAAUGAUACACAAGUAGUCAUACUUUCCACCCCAAUCAAAUUCGGUACACGCCCAUCAACGAUGCCAUCAUUCAAAGAUAAACCUACCCCUCUCCCAGCAUAUAUUCAACUAUUCCACGAGAACGGUGAUUUGAGAGAAUGUGAUCCUCUCCCCGUCUAUACCGGUUCCACUCCCACUCCCAGUUUACCUGCUACCGAAGUUCCGGUGCCAGAUACACCUGCGCCAAGUUACGCGUCCUUGUACCCUUUGACCACUCGACCUUGCUCUUCCAGAUCACCUUCUCCGUCAAGUUACGAUGAUUCUGCUAGUGUCGCUUCUUCCUCUGGUUCCUCAAGUUUAGGAAGGAGGGAGAGAAGUUCAUCACCUUCUCCUUCUUCCUCUGAGGACGAACCGGAAUCGGAACCGAUGGAUAUUGAUAGUAUAGCUUCCUCGUCAGAUGAAGAUGAUAGAAUUGAAAACAAUAGUGACAGAACGAGAAGUUCAAAUGGUGGUGGUGUACAGGUGCAAAGUAGGAAAGUCGCUAGAACCACCCCGAGAGGUAUAAGAACGACUGCCUGA